AUGAAGGGUAUCGUUUCUUUAUCGACAUUGAUCGCCGUAGUGGGGGGUUAUGUUGUGAAAACAAAAGAGGAUUUUGAAUAUUCCCCACAAUUGCAGGAUUAUUUAAGUAAAAGACAUUACAAGCGUUUAUAUGACGAUCUCAACGCAACAUCCAAACGAGUGUUUGAUUACGACAAUGAAAAAGUUUACGGGGUCAAUCUUGGUGGCUGGGUGGUUACAGAGCCGUAUAUAAGCCCAAGUUUGUAUUGGAACGCAUCAACUGAUGGAACAGAAGCUACGGUUCCAAUUGAUGAAUACCAUUAUUGCAAGACUUUGGGGACAGAGGAAUGCUACACCAGACUCAAAGAUCACUGGGAUACAUGGAUUGUCGAAGAUGACUUCAAGAAAAUCAAAAGCUGGGGAUUCAAUACGGUCCGGUUCCCAAUUGGGUAUUGGGCCUUUGCUCAUUUAAGCACAGAUCCUUAUUGCUUCGGGCAAGAAGAAUAUCUGGAGAAAGCUAUAGAGUGGUGUAGAAACCAAGGACUCUAUAUCUGGAUUGAUUUACAUGGUGUCCCUGGCUCUCAAAACGGGUUUGAUAAUUCGGGUCUCAGAGAUCAUGUUAACUGGCAGCAUCAUCAAGCUUACAUUGAUCUAUCGCUUGAGAUCCUUCAAUACAUUAUGGCCAAGUAUGGAGGAAAUGAAUACGAAGAUGUUGUUUCGGCGAUUCAAGUGCUUAAUGAACCGCUGGGACCAAGAUUGAAUAUGAAUCAAUUGGAAGAAUUUUAUUUAAACAGCUACACGCAGAUGAAAUACUUAAAGAACGACAUAUCCCUCGCAUACCAUGAUGCGUUCAUGGCCCCAGGGUACUGGGAUUCCAGAAUGACUGGCAAGGUGAGCCAUACCACUAAUUUGACAUUAUACCCGAAUACGGGGAAUCUAACAGGAUAUACUAACUCAUCAAAUUAUCAGGGAG